ACUGUGAAGGCUUCAGAUGUAGGGCAUCAAGGAAGGGCAGCAGUACGUUUGUUAAUAUAGACCGACAAAUAUGUCCAUUAUGGUGCAUGCCUUGAUCAGCCUACAGGAAAAGUUUAAGCCAUUCUAAAAUAUCGAACGGAUUGGUUUAUCGGAUAAUUUCGAGGUUUAAUCACUUCUUCACGGAAUGAAGACGCUCACGGGAAUAUGGUUAUGGAUUAUACUCCUCAUGGCGUACUGUUAUCGAGAAUGUUCAAGCACCAGCAUUCCACCGACUAAUAUCACAGCUUCUGAGUAUGAAGAUGUCCUAUUACGUUGCGACUGUGAAGAUAAAGAGAAAGUGGUCUGGCAGACUUCGACGAAGUCAACAAACACUCAUGAUGAAUACGUUUAUUACAAUAAGUCGGAUCCACACAGCCAGCAAGCUUCACAUUUCUUCGACAACAGAGUUAACUUUUUCCUUGGCGAGGAAAGAGGGAACUGCUCCUUGCAACUAUUAAAUGUUACUGCCGCAGACGAGGGUGUCUAUGAUUGCUAUGGAUUGCCACGUCCUUUCAUCAUUAGGAAGGUCAUCCUCACAGUCACAGUGGUCCCAGUGGUUGUAAACAACCCACAGGUUGACCCAAGUUCACCUCCAACGACAAGUUCAGACCAAACCAUCAGCAUUGCCGUCGGUUUAUCUGUCAUCCUGGCACUUAUAGCGGUCUUCUCCAUGCUUCUGGUUUUUCGGUGUCAUCGGCAGAGACAGCGCCGACAACGAGAACCCGCGUCAACGGAGGAGGAGAUGCAACUCCGAUGAGCCUUAGCAAUAAUACAAGGAGACAAACAAUGCAGUACUAUAUGGAAGAGAAAGUGGGCAUUUUGGAUUUUACUGUAAAUGCAUUCUGUAUGAUUUUUUUCGUCUACACAUUACAUACAUGUUGCAAGCGUCCCCAGAGAACUGAUUGCAAAUAUAAACUGAUUAGCGUGACGGGUGGCAACCCAUGCCUUCCUACGUGUGCAAUGAGCCGAACUUGUUUGAGAAAAGCAUACAGCCUUUCUGUAACAGCACCUUUUUUAUUAGUUAAGGAUUGUGUAUGUAAAUACUGUGUAAAUAAUUGAAUAUUGGCUGGUUGUUUAGCACUGUACGCUUUAAAAAGCUUCUCUCUUAACCUUCUCAAUGUACUUUCGUGCAUACAAAAGCGGAGUGCAUCGAUGUGUCUUAGUGGAAACCAUGCAUUUUUUUAUGCUGUCCAAUGCAAGUAGCUGAAGAAGGGAGGGUAUUUGAGGUUGAGAUUGUUAAUGUGUUCAAGACCAAAAAUGUGAAUUGUGAGUCAUAUGAUUGUUUUACAGUGAGAUUGUGUGUUUUAUUUAUCGUGCAACAAAAUACUUUUUUUAUUGCUUCUUAGUUCUAAGAUAAACAAGUAUAGUGCAAAAUAAAAGUAAAUAUUGCUGUGGCA